AUGGCGGAGAGCCCGGCGGCGGCAGCGGCGGCGGUGGAGGUGGAGGAGGCAGCGGUCCCGGGCCCGGCCGGCGGCGGGGGCAGCUCCGGCGUGUUCAUCCCGGCCGAGCUGCCGGCCGCGGGCGCCGCGCUGCUCUCGCACUCCGCCUUCUGGGACCCCACGGUCAGCGGCGACUGGGACGGCGAGCGGCCGAGCGCGGCCUGCCUGCUCCGCAUCAAGCGGGAUAUCAUGUCCAUUUAUAAGGAGCCACCCCCUGGAAUGUUCGUUGUGCCUGAUCCCCAUGAUAUGACUAAGAUUCAUGCAUUGAUCACAGGCCCAUUUGACACGCCUUAUGAAGGGGGUUUCUUCUUGUUCCUGUUUCGCUGUCCUCCAGAUUAUCCCAUCCACCCACCAAGGGUCAAACUGAUGACAACAGGAAAUAACACAGUGAGGUUUAACCCCAACUUCUACCGCAAUGGGAAAGUCUGCCUGAGUAUUCUGGGCACUUGGACUGGACCUGCUUGGAGCCCAGCACAGAGCAUCUCUUCAGUGCUCAUCUCCAUACAGUCUUUGAUGACUGAGAACCCCUAUCACAAUGAACCUGGCUUCGAGCAGGAGAGGCACCCUGGAGAUAGCAAAAAUUAUAACGAAUGCAUUCGGCAUGAGACCAUCCGAGUAGCUGUGUGCGACAUGCUGGAAGGAAAGUGCCUUUGUCCUGAGCCUUUACGGGGAGUAAUGGAGAAGUCCUUCAUGGAGUACUAUGACUUCUAUGAAGGAGUGUGCAAAGAAAGGCUUUACCUCCAAGGACAAACAAUGCAGGAUCCUUUUGGUGAGAAACGAGGCCACUUUGACUACCAAUCCCUCUUAAUCCGUUUGCAAGGAAUUCGGCUGAAAGUGCAAGAGAAACACCAGCAGGAGAAUGCAGAAAUAGACUCUGAGAGCAGCUCCUCCGAGACAGAGACAGAUGCUCAUGGGUGCUCCAAGGCUUAGAGCUCUGUAGAUAAUUGAGAAACCCAGACCUGGAGAUGUUCAGUCUUCAAACUCUAGGAUACACCCGACAGACUUGAACCAAACCAAUCCUGGAGUGGACAGAACUGAGGGAGCUCGUCAGUUUCCUUUUGAACACUCUGAUGGAUACAGUUGAAAGAGAAGACUUCAUGCUAGACAAAGCCAAGCUUGAGACAGGCUACUUUUAAAGGUACUUACUAUGCUAGAAAGCUGGAGCAUGUGGCAUCAGGUUAUUUUUGGAAACUCCUACACUGGGUUGUUUUUUGUUUUCUUUACUCAAUUAAAAGAAAGAGAUCUAGAAUGCGACUCCUUUUUACAGCUUUUCUGUACUUAAAUAUACAGCAUGCCCUUCCCUGGUGCUACGCUGAACUCUUAAGGACCAGAGCUGUAGGAGCACUUUGGAGUCUAUUACUAUGAAGCCCUUGCUGCUUGUCCAGGUGUGACUUCCCAAUUGAGGAGUGAUGGGUGUAACUCGUGCUUCACCCAAGCCUGCAUACCUGCUGAUGUCACUGUUCUAGACAAACCAAAGAUAAAGAACAGUGGUAGAAUCUGGGCUUCUUUCAGAAAGCGUUUAUCCACAUCCCUAGGUGGUUUUCUUUGGCUGGACUUCAGGGAGAAGGGGGAGAGUAGUACAUUUAAUCAAUCAAGUACAGGUGUAUUUGCCUUGAAAUUCGGGGGAGAAAAAAAAUCAUUGGUUCUUAAAAACACUUAGAAGUCUAGUUAAUCUUUUUUGAGGUUAAAAUCUUCAGGGAAUGUUAUAUUCCAGCUCCUAAGAAACAGAAACAUUCUUUUCAGUUGUUGUUUUGCUUUUCAGUCCCCAUAGUCAGUGUAUUUCUUUCUGCUAACGUUUUGAUCCAGCAAAACUUUAAAAAGCUAGGAAGCCAUUUCCAGGCAGGAAGCCAGGAUGGAGUUCUUUGGAGAAAUAAGCCUUGUUAGUAACAGAAUAUUCCCCUUGCCAAACUUGGCCAGUAGCAACGAGUAAGUAUGGCUUAUGUUUUAAUGCUUUGACAGUUUUGUUUUAAGAGCAGAUUUUGAGCAAUUCAAGCCUCUUGGGAGAGGUGUGUACUAGCUCUGAGUGCCAUUGCAUAAAUGAUAUAUAUUCAAAGUAACUUGCAUGGAGAUGAAACACCCUGUUCAACCAGAGAAGCCUGAUGGGCAAAUGAGAUGGGAAGAUAGUGUAUUGAUAAUGGCUUAAUCUUGAGGAAUGGGGCAAGGGGUUCAUGAGAGCAUUUAUUGAAAGUUAAGCAUGUAGUUGCACACUAUCAUGUCCAAAAAAAACCCUUUGUGGAAAUCCCGUGAUAUCGUCAUACUAUCCAGUUCAGUCAACUGUGUUCAAAAGAAAUUGCCUUUCUGUAGAUCAAACUGCACAGUUUCUCAGUGUCCCCUGUGUUGGUGAGUAUUUUCAAUAAAGAUGGUUUAUGUAGCUAUCACUAUUACAUGCUUUAGAAACCUGCAUAUACUGGUUUGAGAAGCUGAAAGAUGGAAACAUUCCUGAAUUAAGGUGCCACCUAACACUUAGGAACUUUUUCCUUUUGGGAAAAAACUCCCCAGGGUGUGUCAUUGAUGUGGAGUAGAACUAAAACAGUUUUCCCUUAAGGGAAAAGUUAACUUACUUAGGACUCACUUGACAUGCACACCCAAUGGAAGUAAAGCUGUGUAUACCUGACUGCAAGGUUUUAUGGAGGCAAAGGAGCCUUCUCAGAAGUAGUGAGCUGCGUGCUACAUUUAAUGCCUCUUUAAUCCCAUUGUAAAUCUCAUGUUUUCUCCAUUCAGUGUCAUCCUGACUUUACACUGAGGUAGAGCUGGGACUCUGAUGCCUUCACAAGGCAGAUCUGGGUCAGAAGUCUCUAAUGUGGUGCAUGUGGCAUUACCAUCUACACAAAAAUGAUGAAACAAGAAAAUGCCUUAUUGUGGACACCUUUCACACAAUUAGCAUGUGGCUGUAAAUGAGAAGUAUUCGUUUUAUAGCUCUAAUGUUGUCUGUCCUACCAUUUCUGAAUGUUUCCAUUUCAACAUGACAAUCCUCAAUGACUGCUCUAGGCAGAGAUGUUUUAGUAACAGACUUUUUGACCUAACAAGUUGAAGAUAUAUGCACAAGAGUCACUAUAAGAUACCUUGUUUAUAUAGAAUUGUACAUAAGAUUUUUUUGUGCAAUAAAGUUUGUUUUGGCAGAAUCUAA